UCACUAAUAUCUACACCACAGUACCGUACUGAGUAUGAAACUCAAAGAAAAGAAACCAGACUCAGUCUCACCGACUGCUGUCACAAACCGGGCUCGUAAAUGACAAACUGAGCUUAUUUAAAUAGAAGAAAUGUCGUGAGGUGCAUUUAAACAAAGAAGAGGGAGAAACUGAAGAGGGACUAAAGCUGCAACAAAACCAAACGGGUUCCUGCCCCUUGAAGAAAACCUGACAAAAUAUAAUACAAAAAUCCAAAAUGUCACCUUUGUAUCUGGGGGAAAAAGUUUGGAACAUUUUUUAUGUUGUUGUAAUACUAAUGUUGGCCACAAGAGGCUGAAGUGCACCGCGAUCACGUGUUCUAAAUUGGACUAAAAGCAUUCAUAUUUUUAUAUUUUUUCUUUCAGGUAAAGACUUUUUUCACAUGUUCUUAAGAUGAAAUAAGAUUUACUUCAUUGCAAUAAUGAUGCACACAGCUGCAAUGUGCUCCAAUGCAGCAGCACCACUAGAGCCCGGACCACCAGCCGGGCAGCGCCACCUGUUCUCCACUCAUCAACCAACACACGAGAGAAAACUAGCUAGAGCGGCCUUUGUCUUCCAUAGAAAACAGCAGCAGUGCUACGAUAAGAAGUCAGCUGGGAUGCUGCCUUUAACACCAGCAAAGGACACCAUGUCACCUGCCAUACAUAUUAAUAUUUCAACAAAUGAAGUCAUGAUCAAUUAUAGUUCAAUUAAAUAAAGCCAGUAAAAUAAAAUGAUUUCUAAAUAUAUAUAUAUAUUUUAACAAAUUAUUUAAUCGUAAACAAUAGUUUAAUUAAGCCAGUAAAUAAACAGAGAAUGUAAUCAUGUUCCCUCUAACGGCCUCGUAGUUCAAAGCAUAAGAAUUCAAAGGAUCAAAGCUGAAGAGAAGUGUUUGAAGCAGACAUCUUUGUAGAAGACUUGUUGGCUUAGGAGUGAGAUUCCCCCCCGCUGUGUGCUGGAGUGAUCACCUUCAUCAGGAGCUCUGAAAUAGCUCCUCUUCAUCAGCGGCCACCCGUUGCUGUGGGCUGUAAUAACUCUCUCUGUGUGCUUCUGUUCACGCUUUAACCCACAACAUACACUCUGACAGCAUCCUGAUGUAACGUCUCAUGUCCUGUGAGAUGAGCUCUCUAUUACAUAUUCAUGUUGCCUCCUCACUGCUGCGAUCGCUCUUCUUCUCGCUGCCGUCAUGCAGACUAAAGCGGUGGCGUUUGCCGUGAGGACCAACGUGAGCUACUGUGGCGCUCUGGAUGAGGACGUCCCGGUGGCCGGCACGGCCGUCUCCUUUGAUGCCAAGGACUUCCUCCACAUCAAAGAGAAGUACAACAACGACUGGUGGAUCGGCCGUCUGGUGAAAGAAGGCAGCGACAUCGGCUUCAUCCCGAGUCCUCUGAAGCUGGAAAACAUCCGAAUCCAGCAGGAGCAGAAGAGAGGACGCUUCCACGGCAGUAAGUCCAGCGGGAACUCCUCCUCCAGUCUGGGAGAUGUGGUGUCGGGGACAUUCAAGCCGAACCCAAACUCUGCAGGAAAGCAGAAACAGAAAGUGGCUGAGCACGUUCCUCCGUAUGACGUGGUUCCCUCCAUGAGGCCGGUGGUCCUGGUGGGACCGUCCCUGAAAGGUUACGAGGUGACGGAUAUGAUGCAGAAGGCUCUGUUUGACUUCCUGAAGCACCGGUUUGACGGAAGGAUAUCCAUCACACGGGUAACAGCUGACAUAUCGUUGGCCAAGAGGUCAGUACUAAACAACCCCAGUAAGAGGGCCAUCAUUGAGAGAUCCAACACCCGCUCCAGCCUGGCAGAGGUCCAGAGUGAAAUAGAGAGGAUCUUUGAGCUGGCCAGGUCUCUGCAGCUGGUCGUGUUGGACGCAGACACAAUUAACCAUCCAGCACAGCUCAUCAAGACCUCGUUAGCGCCCAUUAUCGUCCACGUUAAAGUGUCCUCGCCUAAGGUCCUCCAGAGGCUGAUCAAAUCAAGAGGGAAAUCUCAAAGCAAACACUUGAAUGUGCAGCUUGUUGCCGCGGAGAAACUAUCACAGUGCCCUUCUGAGAUGUUUGAUAUUAUUCUGGAUGAGAACCAGCUGGAAGACGCCUGUGAACACCUGGCAGAGUACCUGGAGGCUUACUGGCGUGCUACACACACGUCACUUAGCACGCCACUCAACCCGCUGUUGGGACGCAACCUGGGCUCCACCGCUCUCUCCCCGUAUCCUGCUGCCAUUCAGGCCCAAAGAAACCGCAACAGCAACCACACAACGACGGACCUUUCCCCCGUUGAGCGCCACAGCCUGAUGCCCGCCGAUGAGAACUACCAUAACGAGCAGGCUCGGAAAAACCGCAACCGUCUGUCCUCGGGCUCACAGCACAGCCGGGACCACUCGCCUCUGGUGGAGGAGGACUACCAGGACCCCUACCAGGAUUCUUACAAACCUCAUCGCAACCGGGGGUCCCCGGGCGGCUUCAGCCAGGACUCCCGGCACCGGCACUGAGCCGUCGGCCUGCUUGUCUUUCUCAAACCAACAACCGUGGACAGAAGAGUUUGAGGCAUUCUCGCUGUAACAAAACUACUACACUCAUUUGGACUUUAACAACCUCCUGUCGAUGUGUAGUACCUCGUUUUCCAUUUGGCCUUCUGCCAAAUGAGCAUUUGAACCUAAAUAAUAUGGACUGGAAGUAGCACAAGAGCAGAAUAGUUGCUGGACCUGAUCUGCCCCAUGAUGUGGCUUGUGAGUGAAGUUCAGUAGCAGGUGAUAGUGUGCGACGUUGGCUCUUCUGGACCCUCUCAGCUACAGUAGCAGGCAGGAAGGACUGUGAUUACAGGCCGCUAUACCGGCCUCAAGCCAGAGCCACGUGGUCAGCCAGCCCAGUAUCACUGCA